ACCCUAAUCCAUCUUCCCUUCCUUCCCUCCUUCAUAUCUAACACACGCCUGCCAAACACAAACACAAACGGCGCUGCCAUUUUUUCCGCGAGUAUCUUGAAUUUAUCAGGAUGGUGAGAGUUAGUGUUCUGAAUGAUGCUCUUAAGUGUAUGUACAAUGCCGAGAAGAGAGGGAAAAGGCAAGUUAUGAUCAGGCCAUCUUCAAAAGUGAUCAUCAAGUUUCUUAUGGUUAUGCAAAAGCAUGGUUAUAUUGGUGAAUUUGAGUAUGUUGAUGACCACAGAUCUGGUAAGAUUGUGGUUGAAUUGAAUGGGCGUUUGAACAAAUGCGGGGUUAUCAGUCCUCGUUUUGAUGUUGGUGUCAAGGAGAUCGAGCCUUGGACCGCAAGACUUCUUCCUUCCAGACAGUUUGGGUACAUUGUCUUGACCACAUCUGCUGGAAUCAUGGAUCAUGAAGAGGCUAGGAGGAAGAAUGUCGGUGGGAAAGUGCUUGGGUUUUUCUACUAAGGGAGAGUUUAAAGAUAUUUUUGGUAAUGUUUCGUUAGACUAGAGAGUGAAAGAAUGUUUUUUUAUGUUUUGAGACUUGAUGAUCAUGAUUUUGAUUCCAUUUCACUUGUCUUUGUUGUCAUCAUGGUCUUGGCUUUUAAGUUACCGUAUAAUGUAUGUUUUUCCUGGCAUCAACUCUUAUGCUCCUUUUGCAAUUUAAACCAGUUUUUAAUGUGGAA